GCGAGGCGAGCGCGGCGCUGUCUCUGCCUCUGCGUCUCGGGAUGCCGUCGCCGCCGCUGCUCCGCUCUCUGCUCCGCUGCAAGACCCUGGUCACGCUGGCCGGCGCCCCGCUCGCUCUCCUGCCGCUGCCGCUUCUCGUGCCCACCCAGGAGGCCAGGUGUGGCUAUGUGAUCAUCCUCAUGGCUGUGUACUGGUGCACAGAGGUGAUCCCUUUGGCAGUCACCGCCCUCCUGCCUGUCAUCCUGUUCCCGAUGUUUGGCAUCCUGGAGUCCAAAAAGGUGUGCAUGCAGUACCUGAAAGACACCAACAUGCUCUUUGUGGGGGGCCUGAUCGUGGCCGUCGCUGUGGAACACUGGAACCUGCACAAGCGGAUUGCCCUGAGGGUGCUGCUGAUUGUCGGGGUGAAACCUGCCCUGCUGAUGUUGGGCUUCAUGGGGGUCACAGCCUUCCUUUCCAUGUGGAUCAGCAACACGGCCACCACCGCCAUGAUGGUUCCCAUAGUCCAGGCGGUCCUGGACCAGAUGAACAGCUCUGAGCAGGAUCUGGCCGUCAUGGAGUCUGCAGCUGCUGGGCAGCACAGCACCCCCAAGGGUGAACUGGAAGGGAAGGUGGCUGCCUUGGGGGUCUCCACAGUGCAGGUUGCAGGCAAUGGGCACUUGCCGGACAGCUCCAAGAAGUGCGAGAGGGAGACCAAGAAGAGAAUCAACAAAGGGAUGACCCUCUGUGUCUGCUAUGCUGCCAGCAUCGGAGGGACAGCAACCCUGACCGGAACGGGGCCAAACCUGGUCCUCAAAGGUCAGAUGAACCAGUUGUUCCCUGAGAACGGCGACAUCUUGAACUUUGCCUCCUGGUUCGGCUUCGCCUUCCCGAACAUGCUCCUGAUGCUGACGCUCGCCUGGUUCUGGCUCCAGGUCUCCUUCAUGGGGUUCAACUUCCGGAAGACCUGGGGCUGUGGGACCCAGAGGACCGAAAAGGAGCAGGCCGCCUUGCGGGUGCUGAAAGAGGAGCACCGGAAGCUGGGGCCCAUCUCCUUUGCAGAGUUCAACGUGCUGCUGGCCUUCACCCUGCUCAUCCUCCUCUGGUUCACCAGGGACCCUGGAUUCAUCCCCGGUUGGGCCACCACCCUCUUCAACAAGGACAAGGAGUAUGUGACGGAUGCCACUGUGGCCAUCUUCGUGGCCUUUCUCCUGUUCAUCCUUCCUGCCACCAGGCCCAGGUGUGGCUUCUGCAGUCAUAGCAGCUGCGACCUAGAAGAGGCGGAGGAAGCUAUGAAGGAGCCCUUUUUCCCUGCCCCGUUGCUGAACUGGAAGGUGGUCCAGCAUAAGAUGCCAUGGAGCAUCGUGCUGCUUCUUGGAGGAGGCUUCGCCCUGGCCAACGGGAGCGACGCUUCAGGGCUUUCCAAAUGGCUGGGUGACCAGAUGACCCCUCUGCACAGUGUCCCCCCCUGGGCCAUCGCCAUCAUCCUCUCCCUGGUCAUUGCCAUCUUCACCGAAUGCACCAGCAACGUGGCCACCGCUACCCUCUUCCUGCCAGUCUUCGCCUCCCUGUCGCAGUCCAUCGAGGUCAACCCCCUCUACAUCAUGAUUCCCUGCACCCUCAGCGCCUCGUUUGCCUUCAUGCUACCCGUGGCCACCCCUCCCAAUGCCAUCGUAUUCUCCUAUGGACACCUCCGUGUCUCAGACAUGGCCAAGACGGGCAUCGUAAUGAACGUCAUCGGUGUCUUCUGCAUCACCCUGGCCAUAAACAGCUGGGGCCGCGCCAUGUUCCACUUGGACACCUUCCCUUCGUGGGCCAACGCCACCGGGAAGUGAGGGCCGGGUCAGCCAAAGAGGACCUUGGCACGUGGGCUUCCUCGCCUCCUCAGCCUCCUGGGCCCUGCAACUUUCCCUCCAGCGCUGGCCCUUUGGAGUCCACGGGUGUGUUUUGGAGUUGAGGCUAGAGACUGUUUGAAACCUGCCUCAACUGCUGCCUCUGCUGCUUCCUGAAGGGACCCUGAGGAGGACGAGGGACCCCCGCAGGAGGGCAUCUUCUCCUGGGACCAGCCGUCCGAAUGGAAUACGGGUCAUUUGUUUUUAAGAGAAGAAAAGGACCAUAAAAUAGGACAAGGAAGAAGUUGCUGCUGCUGCUGCUGCUACUUUUCAUAGAAUCAUAGAAUUGUGGAGUCGGAAGGGAUCCCCAAAGGUCAUUUAGCCCAACCCCCCUGCAACGCAGGAGUUGCAAGUUAAACAUUCUCCUUUGACUGAGGAAGUGGGGAGGUCAGAGGCCUGGCAAGACUCACAGCCGCUGAGGGAGAGCCUAGGGACUCCCACAGGCCAUGGGAACCAGGAUCUGCCUCCUCCCUCCCUCCCGCCUGCCUGGGGCCUGCAGGUUAACCAUUGCACAAAGAAAGAGACACAUGGAACAAAUACUUGACCCAGAGUCCAGCUGGGCAGGAGGCCCCACUCAGGUGGACACAAAGCACAUAGGAAGCUGCCUUAUACAGAGCCAAACCAUUGGCCCAUCUAGCUCAGUAUUGUCAACACUGGUUGGCAGCAGCGGCUCACCAGGGUUCUAGGCAAGGAUCUCUCCCAUCCUUACCUGGAGAGGCUGCAGGAGUUUGAACCUAGAACCUUCUGCAUCCAAGGCCGAUGCUGUGCCAAAGGCUCAGAGCUUCCCCAGAUGGGACCUUGAAACAUAGGAGACAACUCCUAGGGGCUGAGGUCUCUUCGCCCUCUCCCAAUAAAAUAUCUGAGGGGGGCCGGGCCCCCCAAAGUUGAUGGGCAUUGCCAUUCAAAUGGUGUCUGUUCACCAUGCCAUGUGAUCAAUUACACACCCAUAUUACCUCCUCCCCACCCAUAUUUUAUUCAAGUUGGCCCUCUUGCCUUAGAAUGCCUUGUGGAAAUGACCCCUUUGCAGGCUCUAAGCCAGGAAGGUGGAGUGGCCACUGGGCUGGACGUGGGCAGGGAAGAGGGGUGGGGCGGGAGGAAAGACAGAACAGCCAGAUUCUAAUACAGGUAGCCCUAAUAAUAUAUUUAAUGUUGUUAUUUAAUUGCCUUAAAAUAUUAAUAAAGCACCACUUGUGUUUUGUAAAUUUUAAAUAAACUGCUUGUUAAUUCACCCUCAUGCCUUGGAAUGCAAGAGAGCCAGCGGUGCAUACAGUGGUUAGGGUGUUUUAACUAAGACCUAGGAGAGAUCAGGGUUCAAAUCCCCCACUCAGCUGACCUUGGGCCAACCACUGCCUCUCAGCCCAACCUUCCCUGCAGGGUUG